UCCUCCACAGCCGUCCACAAUCCUCCACCACAACCACCCACCACAACCACUCAUCAUGCGCCCCGCCCUCCUCACAACCACCCUCGCCGCCCUCACCACCGCCCACAGCACCCACAAUGCCCCCAACAAUGCCCACAACACCACCCUCCCCCUCUCCCUGCAAAUGGCCCACUCCAUAAUCCACCGCCGCGACGGCAUCUACACGCCCGGCGCCGACUCCUCCGGCCCCCUGCAAGCCGGCAUCGUACAAAAAGCCUUCACCCAACUACUAACCCACUACGCCACCCACCCCUCCGCGCCCCAGCUCUCCUCCUACAUAACCGCGAGCGCAGACUCGCUCCUCCCCCUCUUCAGCACGCCCGUCACGAACCGCAACUUCUCCAUGGACCGCUUCAGCCCCGCGCUGACGUACCUGCGUCUCGCGACCUCCACAAACGACACGCGGUACGACACCGCGCUGGGCGUGCUAAAGCACAGUCUCGACGCGAACGACCGCGCCCCCGACGGCGCGCUGUGGUACUACGUCUACCCCUCGUGGGCGUACCUCGACGGCAUGUACUCGCUGGGCCCGUUUGCGGCGGCGUACACGCGGCGCCACGACCCGGGGAAUGCAUCGGCGUGGGCGGAUCUGGGGCGCCAGUUUGGGCUGCUGGCGGAGCACUGCACGGUUUUGGCUGGCGAGGAGGGGGAGGGGAUGUUGGUGCAUGGGUACGAUGCGCGGGGGACGGCGGUGUGGGCGGGCGAGAGGGGGCAGAGUCCGCAUGUGUGGGGGCGGAGUCUGGGGUGGUAUGUGCUGGGGCUGUUGGAGACGCUGGUGGAGCUCGACGAAGGAGGUUGUGACGAAGGAGGCCCCGACAAAGGAGGCUCUGACGAAGGAAGCUCUGGUGUGCUCGCCGCCGAGGCGCAGACGCUGCGAGACGAACUAGCCGCGCGAUUCUGCAGCAUCAUGGCCGCCGUAGUAAUCGCCGCCGACCCCACAACCGGCGCCUGGCCCCUCCUCCCCUCCUCCCCCCACACCCCAGAAAACUACCUCGAAUCCAGCGGCACCGCCAUGUUCACCUGGGCCCUCCUCGCCGGCGUGCGCCGCGGCUACCUCAGUGACCAGAGCUACGUCGCCGCAGCGACGCGCGCGUACUCCUACCUAGUGGGCACGUUUGUGCGGAACGCCGGGAACGGGACGCUGGGCUGGGGCGGGACCGUGGGCGUGUGUAGUCUGAAUAGCUCGGCGAGUUAUGGGUACUACACGGGGCGGCCUUUGGUGGCGGACAGUGUGCUGGGGAGUGCGGCGUUUGUGGGGGCGAGUUUGGAGGUGGAGAUGCUGGGGUGAA